UUUCAUAUUUCCUGUCGAUCUUUUUGAAGGAAAAUUUUGUUGUGAAAUCUUUUUCUCACUCUUUAUGGUAUCUUUCAAGCAGUCUGCUGAAGCAGCAGGACGGUCUCUUGUCUCUUGUCUCUGUUCUUGUGGACCAUGUAUUUCUUUGCAUUAAAGAUGCUGAAUUCCAACUGGACCUACUGAUGCUAUCACUCCUCUUUUCUCGAGCCUGUAUUUCAGACGGAGAAUCAACUAACUAUUUUACUAAGAUCUUGAUUGGUGGACUAUUUCUAAGGGAUCUUUUUUCGCGCUCUCCUUGUGCUUUUAUUCAACCAUCUAUGAAAGCUGCUACCGAAGAUCUUGCAGUUCCUAACUUUGCCAAGAACUUUUGCCCUCUCAUAUAUCCAUUGGAUAACGGGCCGUGGCAAUUUGUUCAGGAUGUACCCUUGAUCUCCCUACACUCUCUUCAGGUCAAGCCAUCCCCAAAACCACCACAUUUGUUCUCAAUGACAGUUAUCCAGUGCCAACCACUCAUGGUUCAUCUCCAGGAAGAAGCUUGUUUAAGGAUUUCUUCGUUUUGCCUGAUCUUUCAGCAAAAAAGGUCUUCGCUGGAGCAAGGCUUCACAUUGAGAACUUAUCCAUUGCGGAGUCACCUACCCUGAAAGUUAGGGUACUAAACCUGGAGAAGGAUCCUGCUUGCUUCGCUCUAUGGCCGGGGCAGCCUAUUGACGCCAGCCAAAAGAAAUGGACAGCUAGAGUCUCACAUUUUAGUUUGGCUUUGGAAACAUCUCCCAACUCUUCUGAACCUCAGAACUCUCCUGGUCUGGAAAUGGGUUUUAUGGAACUGCGUUGAAGGAAAAGACGUGUCUUUAGAAGUUGCUAUGGUAUCUGCUGAUGGAAAGCCAUUGAUAACAAUUUCUCCUCUUGGUGGUAUUGUUCGCAUAGGAGUUGCUUGUGAGCAAUAUAUUUCAAAUGCUUCAGUGGAGCAGCUAUUUUUUGUUCUGGACCUUUAUUCUUACUUUGGUAAGGUUAGUGAAAAAAUUUCGAUCGUUAAAGAAAGCAAACGCCAUAAUACUAUUUUUGUGA